GGAUUUAUACUGGGUCACUACAGUCCUCCUGACAUUUAUCAUAGCCAGCGUGUUGGCUAAGUAUAUAAAGAUAUUAUUGGAGAGGUCAAACCUGCCUCCUGGACCAAUGCCUCUUCCCAUCAUCGGUACUCUUCAUAAGAUUAGUUUCACCAAUAUUGUGAAGUCCCUCAGGAAUUUGUCGAAACCAUAUGGUGAAUUCUUUACUGUGUAUGAAGGGAGCCAGCCGGUUAUUGUGCUAUGUAGUUAUGAUGCCAUCAAAGAGACUUUAAUUGACAAAGCAGAUGAGUUCAGUGGACGAGCCUAUUGUCCUACGUUCUUUGACUUUACCAAAGGAGAUGAUUUUGCAUUCAGUAGUGGUGAAAAAUGGAAGGCGCUGAGACGUUUUUCCGUGCUAACCCUGAAUAAUUUUGGAGUUGGAAAACGCAGCUUCGAGGAGAGGAUACGUGAAGAGGCCGGGUUUCUGUGUGGUGUGCUGAGGAAAACAAAUGGAGCUUCAAUAAAUCCCAAUUACCAUAUACUACGUUCUAUGUCCAAUGUGAUUUGCUCCGUGGUGUUUGGUAGCCGGUUUGAUUAUCAAAAUGAGCAUUUCCAAAAUCUGGUGAAAUGUGUUCAAGACAACUUUGCUCUCAUGAGCACACGCUGGGGACUACUUUAUAACAUAUUCCCAAAUGUCAUGAAAUACAUACCUGGACCUCACCAUAAAAUCAUGGAAAACUUUAAAUUCAUGACAGACUAUAUCAACAAGAGGAUGGAGGAAAACAUGAAGACUUUGGACAGUAAUAACCCAAGGGAUUUUAUGGACUGUUUCUUGAUCAAAAUGGAGAAGGAAGGGAAGAAUAAAGAAGCAUUCUUCAAUCCCAAUACAUUGGUGAUGUGCUCUAUGAUCUUGUUCUUUGGUGGGACAGAAACAGUCAGCCUUACUCUGAGAUAUGUAUUAUUAAACCUCAUGAAACACCCCGAAAUAGCAGAGAAACUUUACAAGGAGAUAGACAAUGUAAUUGACCAACGUCCACCAAAUUAUGAUGACAGACUCAAUAUGCCUUACACAGAAGCUUUCAUAAAUGAGGUCCAGAGAUAUGGCGAUGUAGUACCCUUAAGUCUUCCCCAUGAAUUGACCGUAGAUGCUGAGAUUCGCAAUUAUAAAUUGAAGAAGGGAACAGUUUUCACUCCUGUGCUGACGAGUGCACACUUUGACAAAGCAAAGUUCAAUAAUCCUGAGAAUUUUGACCCCAAAAACUUUUUGGAUGAAAAUGGUAAAGUUCUAAAGAAAGAUUCCCUUAUGCCAUUUUCCGCAGGCGAGUAUGAAAUUAAACCAGAUGCAAAAUUGGGUGGAUUAUACGAUUAAUGAGGACUUGUCCACUCUCCUGAACUUAUUUAGUGAAUACUUGGAUUCCCCUAUAAAAUAUAAAUUUUGGAGCACUUUGUUGUGCCUUCCUCUGUAAUUUGGCUUGUCAAAAUCAAGGGUCUCGCAGACAUUCUCAGCACAGAUUGGACAAGUUUAAUCAUGCCAGAAUACAUGGCGCAUUAACCAAGGGAAAUGUUUUCUAUGACUUUCCCUUUCAUCUUUGCAGUCCUCAUAGGAACUACUUAAUACUGCAUUCUUUCAGUACCUUCAACUCCAACAUG